AUGAAACCGAGUUCAGCCAUAACCACGAAAGAACCCGAGCCACAGACGCCCCGGGGAGAGCAGCGGGCUGUGGAGCCCGAGGGGCGCUGGCGGGACAAGGGCGAGGCAGACACUGAGCGACAGCGCACCCGGGAGCGGCUGGAGGCCACGCUGGCCGGUCUGGCGGAGCUGGAGUUCCUACGGCAGCGGCAGGAGCUGCUCAUCCGCAGUGUCCUCCGAAGUCCGGGGGUCGUAGCGGGGGCUGGAGCUGGAGCCGGAGCCGGGGGCGUGGCGCCUACUCGGGCUGGGGAGCUCCAGGCGCCGGGAGAAGCCUCCCAACGCAGUCGCCUGGAGGAGAAGUACUUGGAGGAGAACAUCUUGCUGCUGAGGCAGCAGUUGAAUUGUUUGAGGAGACGAGAUGCUGGUCUAUUAAACCAGUUGCAAGAAUUAGACAAGCAGAUAAGUGAUUUAAGGUUGGAUGUAGAAAAAACAUCAGAAGAGCAUCUGGAGACAGAUAGCCGUCCUAGUUCAGGGUUUUAUGAGCUGAGCGAUGGGGCCUCAGGAUCACUUUCCAAUUCCUCCAAUUCCGUCUUCUGUGAGUGUUUAUCCAGUUGCCAUUCCAGCACCUGCUUUUGCAGCCCUUUGGAAACAUCUUUGAAUAUCUCAGAUGGACACCCCAAAUCUGCAGAUCUCAUAGGAUGGUUGGACCACAAAGAAGGUCAGCGUGAUGAUGUUUGCCGCUCAUUGUCUAUACCACAGUCCAAUUCCCUUGAUGUCAUUGCAGAUGUGAAUCCUAAGUAUCAAUGUGAUUUGGUAUCUAAAAAUGGGAACGAUAUUUAUCGCUAUCCAAGUCCGCUUCAUGCUGUAGCUGUACAGAGUCCAAUGUUUCUUCUUUCCAUGACCAACAGCCCCGUAAAAGAUGAGGAACAACUUGGUACCAGUGCUAAUGAUGUUUGCAUUGGCUCCGAACUAGAUUCUGUCAAAGCAGAUAAUUCUUCCCUCCCACAAAGCAACUCCAUGUCCAUGUCCUAUCCUGCAUCCAAUAAGAAAAUAGAUGGCUACAUCUUGAGCCUAGUGCAGAAAAAAACACAUCCUGUUAGGACUAAUAAGCUGCGAACAAGCGUGAAUGCGGACCCCACAAAGGGCAUUCUUAGGCAUGGGAGCAUUUGUGUCAGAGCCACCGGCGGAAUUACACACAGUAACAGUGUUAACCUUAAGAGUUCUAAACAAGCCUGUUUGCAUUCUGGUGGAACAACCACUCUGGAGAAUGGCACAUUCUCCCCACUGAAGCAGUGGUUGAAAGACUCAAAGGGAGAACAGCUGGAAAGCUGGAGGAUGCCUGUGUCUGUGGGCUGCCCGCCAAAUGUAUCCGCUGAUCAUCAAAGCAAGCACCUGCCAAAAAAUGUCAAGCCAGGCUCCCAGGAGUUUGCGUGGUGCCCUGUUUCUGGGGCAGGGGAUUCCCCUAAAGAUAGUGGUCAGCUCUUUACUGCCUCUCCAAAAGAAAGUCCUGGCCGAGUCCCAGCUCUCCAACAGGAGAACAAAGUUGCCCAGCCACUGAAAAAGAUGUCACAGAAAAUCAGCUCCCAGGCAGCUCUGCCAGCAGUUCCUCCUGCUGUGCCACCUCCUCUGCCCUUGCCUUCCUCGCUUCCUAUUGAAGAGAGACCUGCCUUAGAUUUCAAGAGCGAGGGCUCUUCUUCCCAGAGCUUGGAGGAUGGGCUUCUUGUCAAUGCUCAGUUCAUUCCAGGGCAGCAGCAAAGUAGUAAGUCACACAGAGCCAACAAGAAUGUCAGAAUCCUGAAGAGCUCAACCUUGAAGCACAGAGCCCAUGGUCUUAACGGAGUGGAAAGUGGCUUACAGACAGUGAGGGAGAAAAGCAGAGUUGUGAGCAAAAAAUGUCACUUCCCUGAUGACUCGGAUACAAAUAAGAAAUUCAAAAAAGUCUCUUCCAGAGGGAAGAAGGGUGGAAACUCCCAGGCAGAGGCUGGUCUUUCCAGCAGGCCUGCAGGCAGUCUCCAUAGGCCUGUGACUAAGUUCCAUGGACAUGGGCAUGGAAGAGAAGCAGUUGUGGCCAAACCGAAACACAAGCGAACUGACUAUCGUCGGUGGAAGUCAUCUGCUGAGAUUUCCUAUGAAGAAGCCUUGAGAAGGGCAAGGAGAAAUCGCAGGGAGCCCAUGGGAGUCUAUACCCAGGUCCCUCUUCCAUAUGUAAGCCCAUAUGCAUAUGUGGCUAGUGACUCUGAAUAUUCUGCAGAGUGCGAGUCCCUUUUCCACUCCACGGUGGUAGACACCAGUGAGGAUGAACAAAGUAAUUAUACCACCAACUGCUUUGGGGACAGUGAGUCAAGCUUGAGUGAAGUAGAGUUUGUGGGGGAGAGCACCACUACUAGUGACUCUGAAGAAAGUGGGGGCUUGAUUUGGUCCCAGUUUGUCCAGACUCUCCCUCUCCAAGCAGUCACAGCCCCAGCUCUUCAUGACAACCACACAAAGACUUUUGUAAAAAUUAAGGCCUCUCAUAAUCUCAAAAAGAAAAUUCUUCGUUUUAGGUCUGGCUCUUUGAAACUGAUGACCACAGUUUGAAGUGACUUUUUGGUAUGGAAUGUA